AUGAUUGGAUAUCCAUAUACCUGGGAGAAGGGGAAAGGGACUGCAAAUUGGAUUGAGGAGAAACUUGAUAAGGUUUUGGUGACGAAUGAGUGGCGUAAUAUAAUUCCCCAUGUAAAGGUCAUGAAUUUGAGAACUAGGAAGUCAGAUCAUUCGGCCAUUUUCUUUACAAUCCAGGAGGAAAUAGGGAGAGAUGGGGGUAGGAAGAGGGGUUUUCGAUUUGAGAUGGCCUGGUUAUAUGAUGAGGGGUGUAGGAGUGUGGUGGAGCAGGCGUGGCAGGAAGGAAGGGGACAGGGUUUACAGGAUUGUGUUCAUUACUGUGGAAACCGGUUAACACGCUGGGGUGGGGGUUGGUUCCAUAAGUAUGGGAAACAGAUUAUGAGAUUGAAAAGGGAUCAACAGCGUUUGAGAGGACGCACUGACUCGGCCUCACUUGCCGAAUUUCAGCGAAUAGAGCAACUUCUGAGUCACACUGAGGCCCAAGAGGAUGCAUACUGGAGGCAGAGGGCCAAGCAGCACUGGCUCAAGGAGGCCGACGCUAAUACCAAAUUCUUUCACAGUUCUGGGAAUCCGGGAUCUGGAGGGGAAUUUUUUGGGGGAUACAACCCAGGGUGGAGGGAUGUCGCGAGCUUUGUGCUUAACUGCCUUGAAUCUGGUGAGCUUCCAUCUGGUUUGAAUGAAACAGAUAUUGUGUUGAUCCCUAAAAAGAAUAAUCCAGAGUUAGUAACUGAUUUACGCCCUAUAGCACUUAGCAAUGUGAUUUACAGGAUAAUUGCUAAAAUGAUGGCUAAUAGAAUGAAGCCUUUGAUGGAAGGGAUAAUAUCCGAGUCACAAAGUGCUUUUAUCCCGGAUAGGUUGAUAACGGAAAAUAUUUUGUUAGCUGCAGAAGUAGGACAUUUUCUGAAUCGGAAACAGUGUGGAGUGGGGGGAUGGGGUGCACUUAAGCUAGACAUGGCUAAGGCAUAUGAUCGUAUGGAGUGGCCCUUUCUCCGUAAUAUGAUGGUGGCGUUAGGGUUCCAUGAUAAAUGGGUUGAAUUGAUUAUGAAAUGUGUGACCACAGUUUCCUACAGUAUUCUGGUGAAUGGCUCAAGGAGUGACCCAAUAAUACCCACGCGUGGUUUAAGACAGGGAGAUCCGCUGUCCCCAUACUUGUUUAUUAUCUGUGCAAAGGGGCUUUCGUUGUUACUACAACAGGCUAACAACACGGGGUUAAUUCAUGGAUGUAGAGUGUCAAGAGGCGCCCCCCAAAUCUCUCACUUAUUCUUUGCGGACGAUAGUCUUUUAUUUUUUAAGGCUAAUGUGGAGGAGGCAAAUGAGGUAAGGAGAUGCCUGACAGUAUAUGAGGAUCUAUCUGGGCAGGUGGUAAACUACCAUAAGUCAAGUAUUUGCUAUAGCAGAAAUACGAGUAAUAUGGAUAGGGAAAGUGUGGUUCAAGUCUUGGGGGUGGGGCAGGCUCCGAAUUUUGUAUGCACGGCUAUAGAGAGGACCAUGAAUAGAUAUUGGUGGGACUCUGGGGCAGAUAACCGAAUACACUGGAAGGCUUGGGACAAAUUAUGCGUCCCUAAGAAGUAUGGUGGAUUGGGAUUUAAGGAUUUACAUGCGUUUAAUAUAGCUAUGUUGGGAAAACAGGCAUGGCGAAUGCUCACUAAACCUGAUUCCUUAGUAGCUCGUGUUUAUAAAGCCCGGUAUUUUCCCAAAGGUACUUUCUUUGAUGCACAGAUAGGGAAUAACCCCAGUUUUUGUUGGCGGAGUAUAAUGGCAGCAAAGAGUAUAAUUUGUAGUGGGGUCAGACGAAGGAUUGGGAAUGGGGAAUCUGCACUCAUAUGGACUCACCCAUGGUUGUUAGAUGAGCAGGAUCCUAUGGUACAAACAGAGAUGCCAAUACAGCUACGAGAGGCCAGAGUGGUGGGUUUAAUUGAUCAACAAACUGGUACAUGA